GCUUACUUUAACUUUGCAUAGAAUGACUGUUUCUUCUAAAUAUUGUCUGUGGGGUGUCAAGAUUAAUCUCAUUCAAACUUGACAUUGAUGUUUAUAAACAGAAGUGAUCUGACUAUAAGAAAGUUCUACUUAUGAAUUACACAGUAUUAGAUCAUUAUCAUGGUCUUCAAGUAGACACAUCUGGCAUGCAUGAAGAAAUGUGGCACCCCUAGUGGACUGUUAAACUGUUUAGAAAAUGUUCAGCUUAUGUAUGAGAUACGCUGCAAAUGACUGUGAAAAACUUCACUACCCUCUAACCUUGUGACUGUUUUGUUUCUUUUGUUGGCAGAUGUGAAUUGUUUAAGAUGUGUAUCUGUUUAAACCCUUCCUCAUUUUUUAAAAACCUCAAGCUCAACCCCCACAAACCCCAAACCCAGUGGUUGCUUGUCACUAAGGGUCUUUUGGUAGUGUCUCAUGACUUCAGCUUGGUCAGCAGUCUGCUUUGGGUGUCUUGUGCAUGAAACUUCUUCUCUCUUUCUCUUUCCGUCUUUUUUUGUUCAAGGAUGUAUGUGGAUAAUUUCCAGCCCAUACUGGCUUAACUCGUUUUGGCUGGUGCGGGUACAGGGAGGGCACGAGGGGUAUUUUUAUUUGCUGAUGACGCCCAGUGUCUGAACAAUACACAGAAAAGGCGCCUUGUCUUGUCAGGGGUGAGGCCUCUCUUUAUUGUCUCUUAGUUGCUGUGUGAAUGACACAUAUUUGAGCCCACUUUAAGUGAGUGUACUUUCUAUCUGGGUAGAUUAUGCCAUGGGGUCAUUUUGAGUCAUGGCACUCACCUAGGAAUGCUACGAGGCCUUCGAUCUCAAACUUGGCGAGUGAGUGUAUAUGUGUGUGAGUGUUUGGGAACACAAAGACAACCGCCCAUAAAGUAAACAUUAAUGUUGCCUUUCUUUUAUAUAAAAUAAAUGGAGGAUUGCUGGGAGUAUUUCCUCUUUAUAGUUUGUGGAUUUAUUCAGAUAUAGUGUAUACUGUCACACCCGACCUGUCUACCUGAAAUAGAGAUUUGUUGGUAUCUUGUGUGCAAUGAAAUUCAUUUCCAUUUCAGGUUUUUAUGAAUAAUGUGACUACAUCAAAAUUCAAUUAUACAUUUUUAAUGAUUUAGAUAUUUUUUGUGUGCCAUUCCAACUUAACUACAUUCUGCGAGAGCUCUCUUUUAUGGAAAAUUGGGCCUGCAUAUGUUAUAAAGAUAGGAUUUUCCGUUCCCUCAUAUUUAGAAAAUUCAAAAUCAUAUACAAGUUGGUCACAUGUAUUCAAAUAUAUAAGUUUGGGACAUGUAUUCAUGUGUUGUUUUGGACUGACUGUCCUAGUGAAGGAAUUUGCUAAAUUGGAGUUGACUGGAAUUGAACAUUUGUGCCGUGGAGCAAUUCCAGUAGGCAGCCAGUGUGCUCUGUAUAUAGUUUUCAUUCGGGGGCAGUCGGCUGGGUGGGCUGUUGUGAAGCAUAUUUAAACUGAUCAAAUUAGAGACUCUGAUGCUGGGAGAUGGGCUGCAGUGAGCUAACCUUCCUAUCGGUAAUCAGAGAACUCAUCUCAUUAUGGUCUCAUUGCACUCUUUAAAGAGCCUUCUUCCACUUGUCCUUAUCUGCAGUGGGUCUGUCGACAAGUCGGGCAAGGCCUACUUCUUAGUUUCCUUUACAGUAAUGUGGAAUCCGAUUGCUGUAAGGUUAUUCUCUCACCCGCCCCCGUUCGCCAUUAUGGAGCUCGGCCUCCGAGGCGUGUGGAGGAGAGUCCUUGACACACUUACCUUUGCGUAAUCAUUGCGAGAUCUGUGGAUAAUAAAACGGCAGCGGGUGGGAGGUGCAUUUUUUGCCUCCUCAGCAGAGGCAGAAAAGGAGGAAGUGGAAGCUGUGGUGGGCUGGUGGCGGACGAGCGCAGUGCAGUGUCUGGGAGAGCUGGUCAUCUGAUAACAGAGUGGGUUCUGUUACACCAUCACAGGAGUCACACAGGAAGUCAUCUUCCGUCCUUUCUGCCGGCCUCUGCAGCAGAGAUGGAGACAUGGCGACGGCCACUACACAAGGGCACUGGAAACAGCAGAGCUGCAUUCUGAGGCCUUUUCUGCCAUUUUAGACAGGCAGACGGACAGACGGCAGGACGGAGACCCGGGCGGCGGCUGCGAUUGGCGGCUCGACGGCAGGCUGGUGGAAGAUGUCGUCGGGGGCCGGCCGGCGGGCGUGCGAAGCAGAGGAGGGCCCAGUGGGCAUCCCCUUUCCUGAGCACAGCGCUGACCUGCUGGAAGGCUUGAACCGGCAGCGGCUCAGCGGCCUGCUGUGUGAUGUGCUACUGGUGGUACAGGAGCGUGAGUUCCCAGCCCACCGCUCGGUUCUAGCCUCCUGCAGCUCCUACUUCCACAAACUCUUUACCUCAGGCCUGGCUGCUGAGCGCCAGAGUGUUUACGCACUGGACUUUGUGCGUGCUGAGGCGCUUGCUGCGCUGCUGGAUUUCGCCUAUACAGCCACACUCACCGUAAGCCGUAGCAGUGUAGCCGACAUCCUGAGUGCCGCCUGUCUGCUUGAGAUCUCACCUGUCCAAGACGUCUGCACACACCUGCUCGACACCAAAGUGCUCUCCCUUCCGACGGUCAGUGAGCGAAUAGAGGAUGAGCUGGAAGAGGAUGGAGCGUGUGGGCGGAGCAGCCGAGAACAGGGCAACCGGCUACGCGCUCGCGAGUACCUGGAAUUCUUCCAGCGGGGGGCGCACUGGAGCAGCAGCUGCAGUACACCAGAGCUCAGGGACAUGCCCGCACACCUGCACUUUAGCCAUCGCAACGGCGCUGACAGCAAUGGCACGCCGUCUAACUACUUCCCUCCCCCAGGCGCAGGGCUGGCAAUGCACCCUCCACCAGACCCGGAGGAUGACCCAGAUGAGCAGCAGGACACCAAGGAUGUGCUGAUCUGGACUCGAGGGAAUGGCACUGAAGCACUCUCACACUUCUAUGCCCCAUCAUCACAGAAUGGACACUUCUACCUCCAUCAAUCCGAGCCCAAGGCAGAGCGGGAAGCAGAGGCGGAGCGCGAGGUGGAGCGAGGGCCUGCCAGCGCUCUCCUGCAGCAGAUGAUGGACUCUAUAGAGCGGCAGAAGGAGAGGCCAGCUGGGGCUGAAAACGAAGGCGCUGACGGAGAUGAGCCUGACGUGGAGUUUUACUUGAAGUACUUUAACAGUGUGCAGCGUGAAGAGGCAACCCUUCCACUCUGGGCCUCGGUGCGAGGCGGAGAAGGUAGAGGUGCUGGAGGCCAACCUAGCACAGGGAAUGCCGGCGGUGAGAGAAAAAUGCGCUCCAAGGCCUUCCAGAAGUGCCCUAUUUGCUCCAAGGUCAUCCAGGGUGCUGGCAAGCUACCCCGCCACAUCCGCACGCACACUGGAGAGAAGCCCUACGAGUGUGCCAUCUGCAAAGUGCGCUUCACCAGACAGGACAAACUCAAGGUUCACAUGCGCAAGCAUACAGGAGAGAAGCCUUACCUGUGCACACAGUGUGGUGCCGCCUUUGCUCACAACUAUGACCUGAAGAAUCACAUGCGUGUACACACCGGCUUACGCCCCUAUCAGUGCUCCAGCUGCUUUAAGACCUUUGUGCGCUCGGAUCAUCUCCACCGCCACUUGAAGAAGGAUGGCUGCAAUGGCAUCCCAUCUCGCCGUGGACGCAAACCUCGCGUACGAGAACCAGAUGCACUUGAAGCCCCUCUGGAGCCGACCGGCACAGGGCCGAGAUCCACCAGGGGCCAACUGCAUCCAGAGGAUGAGGAGGAUGAAGAGGAGGAGGGCAUCGGUGUGGUUGUUAUGGAAGAAGUUCCAGAGAGCCGCACACACAGCCCACUGGCUGACAGAGAGGCUAGAGGAGAUGCAACUGCAAGGCAAAGAGACGCCACAACGCCAUAAAUUACACACUGCUGGUGCUGGUGUUGCACAGAAAUCAGAGAAAAAAAAAGAAAAUCAAUUGAGAGAAAAAAAAAAGCUACAACUCCACGCUUCUUUUUAAAAACCAAAUCAGGGUGUCCCAAAAAUCUAAUCUUAAUUUACAUCUUUCUUUCUGUUUCCCCCACCCCUUUAACAUUCAGCAUUGAGACCUGAAACUACAGUUACUGGCCUGUUGAAGAGCGAAGAGCACUUGACAUCACUCACCUGUGCUGUCUCUGUCUUUCUGGGUGUUUAUUUUUGAUUUUGUGUUCUUAAAUUAACUUAAUCGCUUGUCCAUAUGCAUACGAGACAAUGGAGCUACUAUGCAGUUAAAACAGGUUCCUCAUCUCUGGAUUGUGUCCACAGGGCUUUGUCUUAAACAAGUAAGGUGUCAAACACCUGGCUGACCAUGGCUGCUAAUGCAACAGGUAAACAAAGAAUGAUCCAAGAUGUGGGAGAAGCAACAAAUGAAUCUUUUUUUUUUUCUUUCCCUAAUGCAGUGAAAAAUAUGUACAUAUACCAUAAAGAAAAGGUUCUAUUGUCUCAGAUCAAUAUGGCAAUAUUAUGCAAUUCUGAUGCAGCACCUUCUUUAUAAAUGUUCCAGAAAGAAUCAGACAGGGGUUUGAUUUUAAGUGUUACUUUCUCUAUAAAAAAUAUUACACGGUUAUAUCUUUUUAAAAGGUUAACAGUUUAAGUGAAAUCUUAUUAGGCCAUGGGAGGAAGAGAUGGUAUGAGGUUCUGUGUUUCUGAAGCACUACCGUCAUCAGUUUGCCACUGAGCAAAACCAUGUUGAAUCUUUUACCUCUCACACGCCUGUUUUUCCUCCUUUUAGAAUUCUUGGGUUAUUUUUUUUCUCGUCUUAUUUUUGUCAUUGUUGAUGUUUUAAUUUGAAUUGGCUGUUUUGGGUACUUGACACUUUACAUUGUAUACAUGUGUGUAUAUAUUAGGUGAUAAUGAUAUUGGUCCCUUUAUAAAAGGUUUAUUACAGAUUGUUAGGGUUAUAUCUUCCUUCAGCUUCACUCUAGGCUCCUCCCUGAGUGAAGCUUACAAAGGGUGAAAGGCUGUUUGAAUGUAUGAGAACAUUUAAUUGAGGAAUCCAAUUUGUCCUAAACUCAGCACUUGACGGAAUCGGCAAAUUCCCUCCCAAAGCAUGAACCGUGAUCUCUGUGUGUGUGUGUGUGUAUGUGUGAGUGAGAGAGCGAGAGAUGUUGAAUGAUUCUGCCAAGGUCUGCCAGCUCAGUGAGAGAGAGAGGGUGCUGUUUUACAGACAGCCGGUGCACAAAGGCUGAGAAUGUUUUCUCUUUUCAUGCAUGGGAAGGAAGGAAAGAGAGAUGAGCACCUUUUAUGCAUUUGCACAGCUUUACUAAAGAUUUAAUUCCAGUGGAGAAAGAAUGAGAGAUUUCUACUUAAGAGAGAAGGGAAGUUAGAAGUACGUGUUCCAACAUUCUGCCCAAGGGACCACCGAGGUGAUGAGAUGAGCAAUAAGUACUUGUUUGGGUUGGGAGGCCAUAUCGGGGGAGAAGGGGGUUGACAUUCCAUUAAUUUUGUGAGUGUUGAUCUCUGGAAGGGUGCAACACUGUCCUUUGGACACAUCCUAAGCCACGUGACUCAAUCCCCGGGGCUGGGAGCGUCAGCAUGUCAGGUUUGUGGGCACGUCCAAACAUGCUUCACUCCAAAAUCUGGCAUUGUGACUGCAGUUAUGGUCGCCUAUGUUUUUAUUAGAGAGCGGGGCUAUCAUAGCUAAAUCUUAUUAAUUCCAAAAGUGCUUGAUGGACUUUACAGACCUCACAUAGAUUUGCCUCAUUUGGAGAAUACAAACGAAAAUCUUGGUGUAAUUGCUGGUGGCAGUGACUAGAAAAUAAAGUUUUUAAUACCGUUUACGAGGCAGAUAUCAUCACCGACUUUGCCAUUGCUGCAGCUGCAGUGCUGUGCCCAAUGUUUCAGUCCUUUGCACCUUAACAGGAGCAGCAGGUUUUGAUUGCACUUUGUUACUGAGAAGGGCACUUUUUUGUCAUAAUAAACGGGUACUUUGAAACAAAAGAGAGAAUGUGCUAAAAAAAAAAAAAAGAAGAAAAAAAAAAAAAGACACCCAUCUAUGUCACGAUGCUUAAGCUUGGUUCUUUGUUGUGGUUAUAGUUUUUUGACGACUGGCUGCCAAAAUACAAUCUAUACAGUUACACGUUGCAGGGUUAUCAUGUUGAGUUUCCGAAAUGGUGUGCGACCUUGAUUAGAAAACAAGCAGACUUUUAAAAAGACACCCUUAAAAAGAAGAUAUUGCCCUUAUAUCUGAUUGCACUUGAAAUUUUCAUUUGAUGUAUACAAUUUUCUUUAUGUCUUAAUGCAAAAUGGGGUCAUUGAGGGGUGGCUACAUGCUUGUGUGUGUGUGUGUGUGUGUGUGUGUGUGUGUGACAGAAUGCGUGUUUGGGUGCCUGCGUGUCUGCAGGGGUCUUCCAGUAAUUCUUAAUACGUAUAUUCCGUUUAGACAGUUGACAGUUCAUUACUCUGGUUUAUAUCAUUAUGUGCAUAGAACAGACUGCCUGUUAUACUCUAACUCCAAUUUUCACUCAAUGACAACCUGUGUAGGGGUUGUAAUAAAAGGGAUGUGUUUGGUUAAGGUUGCUAUUGCAAGGCCACACCCUAAGCAGUGCUCACUGCAGAGUGAGCUUAGUUUGUCCUGACCCACAUUAUGUGACCAGUCUGUCCAGAAAUUCCAAGGCUUUUUUGUUUUUCUUUAAUGCACUUUGGGUUGAUUAUUGGGAACACAGCUUCUAGCUGUCCAUAAACCUAAACCCUACACUAAAACCUUCUGUGACUCAACUUGCAGCUGGUCAAUCCAUAGAGCAGAGUGAAGUUGCGUGUGAUGAAAAUUAUCCACAGUCCAAAACCAGGAUCCCUUAUUACUUAAGCAAGUCGAGUAGAAAUCAUUGAGAAAAGGAAAUGUACUUGAGUUCUUUCUUUCACUAUUACUGUCCUUUUUUGUGAUCUUUUGCUGCCUGUUUACUAGAUGAAAUGAGUCUUUUCUUUUUACCCUGCAAGGGUUGUUCCUGCGAUUACUUUUAAGUUUAUAGCUCUUGUAUGAUUUGACGUGUGUAUAGGGGAGGGAUGGGGUUUGAACUUAUAUAGUGGAGAUGGAUGAUUGUUUUUGGUGGCUCAGUUUGGGGUAAUAUGUAGCCUGAUAGCACUGGAUAUGGUGCUUUAGCUGAAACAGCAAGAAUUUUUUGCACUAAAAGUCCUUAAAUAAGAAGGACAGGUUAACUGGGCAAGGCCUUUGAGUUUCCAUGAACACAGAGCCUAAUUUACGCCUGCGUCACCUCCCUUAUUUUUCUUUACCUCCCUUAUUAUUAUUAUUAUUAUUAUUAAUCAUCAUUAUAAAUCCAAAGUAGGUAAAGGCCUGGAUUACUUGAAAAAUUUAAACUCAUAUAAGCUUGCUGUCUCUUUCUUACCUAACCUAAUGAUUGCAUCAGAUCAAAUUUCCAAAUAACGCCAACAUUAUUGAGCAACAUAACUUGUUGAAAAAGUAAUGUGGUUAAAAAAAAAUCCAAAGCACAUAUUACAUGUCAGUGAAACCACAACACAAGACACAUGAUGGCAAAGCAUUCAGGAAAUUGCCUGUAAACACAAACUGUUAACUGGAUAAAACGCUAAAUACCUGAUUUCACAUCUGUCUGAUUAAGUAUUGACAUAUCUGUAGGUUCAUAGCAGCUCACUGGCCUUGUCUGGGGAUUAAAAAUUGUAUAAAUGGGUCCACAAGGAGUCUGAGGGAGGCUGUGUAUAAACCUGACUAAGUGGAGAGGGAACUGGGUAAGAAUGUGCCUUAUCAUUUUAAGAUAUCAGGACCAUUCUUGUUCAUUCCCAUAAACAACCACACCAGAACGUGUGAAGCUGUUCAUAUGAGGCAAUGCUAUGGUAGGUUUUUUUGAAAAGUAAGGUUGGGCACUAUGACGGUAUUACAUGAAUAUUGUGAUCAGUUGCAUCAUAUAAAAGUACAUACACUUAAGAGAUAUUUUUUUUUCUUAGUUAAAUUAUUAGUUGUCUAGAUAUUAAAUAAACCCAUUAUUUGAAGCCCUGUUUUUAAAAAUGGCAUUACUGUUUUGCUGGCACUUUGUUACCAAGACUAAAUAUCACAAUAUGUAAAUAAAGUAUUGUGAUAUAUUUUUGUCAUUUUGCCCAGUCCUAGCGAAAAGCUCCAGUCUUCACUCCUCUUCAUAGAAGGUCGAUGUCUCAGCUCCCUUUAAUGACUCCUAGAUAGACGCUACACUGAAAUGGUGUGUCUUUUCAAAAGAAAUUGUCACUUGUAAUAUCCAAAUAUCAAUUUGUCUUUGUUUUAUUUAUUUGUCGGGUUCUGGACAAGCAUUAAAAACACAUGCAAUGACAGAGAUUACUGUAAUAAUCAUGGAAUGAAUGGUAGUAAGGGUUAAAAACAGUCCCAUCUGAGUUAGACAGUAACUCAGCAAGCCAAGGGUUGAUUUCUGACUAGGUAUAUGCAAGCUACAGAGAGAUUUGUGCUGUAGUUCUGCACAUCCAUGGAGAGACUGCUGUCUGUUGCUUACAGGCGCUUUGCACUAGGAGUCCUUUGUGGGUGUGGGAACCAGUGGUUUGCACAGAAUGGGGAGGGCGAGUAGCGUUUUAGUACAAACACAGGUAGUUGUUGUGUUGUUAUGUUCCAGAAUGAAUGAUGUCUCCCUACGCGUGUGAUAGCUUCAGAUUUGUUGUGAUUUCAGUUAUUGAAAUGAUGCUGAGCAGCAGUGCAUGGUGUGCUUGUGUGUGUCAUUGUGUGGUAGAACACAAGUCACUGUUGUGGAGAUUAUGGGUAAUCAUCUAUUUUUUAAGUCAAUUGCUUCUCAGGUUGAAAAACACUGCAGACCAUUGGUUUGGUACCACCCCAUAGUUUUUUGCCUUGCAUCUAAUCAAAGCUUUAUUGUACAAUUUCUGUCCAUGUCAAGAUUUUAUGUACCAAACAGACCUAUGCACCCACCCUCAAUACUCUGCCUAUCAUGUGCAUUCUCAAGUAAAAGAGAAUCAAAGCGUUAGAUUAUUAGACAAAAACAUCACACUGCAGGAUUAACAUCUACUUUCCCUGAGUUUACAGUUUGAGCUGGCUACAUUCCAGCCUCUCGGCCACAGAAUAUCCAGAGAAGAGAGAGUAGUUUGUGUCAGAGAGUGAUUUUUUUUGUUGGUUUUUUUUGAAGCCACCAACAAAUCCAGGAUGCAUUCCAUAACUACAAAAUUCCCACUUACAAACAAUGGCAGGAGAGUAAACAUUGUUAGGUCUGAGGGAAGAGAAGUGAUGUGUUUCUUUCCCUUUGCCUUCCUUCAGUCCUGAGGUUAGCAAAUAGGCAACAAGGUAGGCUUUUCAAAGCCACUGUGCUGUUUGCAGGUUGGCGAUUGUAACAAAAAGGCACUUUUAUGUGCUUUCUCCCUCAGUUUUUACUGUUAAUGUUGCUGUUUUCUUCUAUUUUGUUAACGUGUUUAGUUUAUAUAUAUAUAUAUAUAUAUAUAUAUAUAUAUAUAUAUAUAUAUAUAUAUAUAUAUAUACCUACAUACAUAUAUAUCUCAUUGUGGACAUGAUGAUUUAUUUAAAUGCAAAAAAACAAAACAAAAAAACUACAUGGAAAGAAAAACUUGAACGUGCUAAUAUUUGGGUUGAAGUCCUUUUGAACUGCCGCCCCACUAAACAGCAUGCAUCUUUAGACAGACACAGCAACAACAGCAGCAGCAGUACAUCAAACAGGAUGUGCUCUCUAAUACAACAUUUUUAGUUGGAAAGACGAAGCUGUAAAUAUGUUUAAAGGUCUUUCCAGAAUUCACAUUUACAGAUUAAAAAGUUGCAGGUUAGAAUGGUACUGUGGUGGCCUUGGUCCCCUCAAACCCAUCCAGGGUCUAGUUGCACAUACUCAUCUUUAACAGUGUCAAUCUUCCAUGCACAUAUGAGGCCACAUAUGACCUCUCUUUAUUUUCCUACUCUAAUGCUAGUUUGUACAAGCACACUAUAGUAGAUUUCAAUCACUUGUUAAAACUAAUUUCAGUGGUUAGAGGGACAAAUAAACGAUCCUUAGAAAUAUAUACAAUAUUUUUGUCAAAUCCUUACAGAGAUUAUAUAGUGUAUAUAAUUACAGAAAAUGCAGACAGGCAGGAAAAACAUACAGAAACAGUAAUUCAGCAAUAGCGUCUUGGUUUUAAACCCUGAUCCGAGUAUUAGGGCACAUUCUAACAGUUCACUUAGGUAAACUUUGGGGCGGCAGAAUAUUUCCCACUAUCUCAGGCUUGGACGGUAGCGAUCCUGUCCUUUUUCAGCUUAAAUUAAGUCCUAUUCCUUUAAAUUGUCGGUGUCUGUUGAAGCUACGGAGGGAUGGGCGAGUUGGGAGAAUUUGCACUUUUGCUGAUGAAAAGAAUUUGUAUUGUAUAUGAGACCACUAAAUGUGCAUUGUCUAAAUCAUGUAAUUCCAUUUUUCCUCCGGUUUUUGGUUCCAUUUUAUUCUGUUGGGUUUCAAUUUUGUUUUGUUUGUUUAUUUUUAUGAAAUAUAUCCAAAAAUGUCUGGUGUCCUGGUUUAAGAAAUAAGAUCUUUCUAUUAAAAAAAAGAAAAGAAAUGUU